AUGAAGGUUAAAGUCCUUUCGAGGAAUCCCGCCGAUUACAUACGAGAGAACAAGUCAGAUAUUCACAAACUCCAUCGCAAUCUUGAUCCAUCAUUACAUCCUUUCGAAGGACCGCGCGAGUAUACACGUGCGUUAAACGCGGUUAAACUCGAACGUGUGUUUGCUAAACCAUUUGUAAGCUCUUUAGAUGGGCACACUGAUGGCGUGAACUGUAUUGCUAGACACCCUAGAAGCUUAUCCGUCUUACUCUCUGGCUCAUGUGAUGGGGAGGUAGGUUUUCACUCUGUCUCUCUCAAAUUUAAUUCGUUGACCUUCAUAUUUGUAAGGACAACUGUCAUAACUUGUGUAAUUCCCAUGAUUUACCUUGUUUGCACUCCAAAUUUUGCAUUGUCUUCAGUUUCCGUCACGAUGAAUGUAAUACCAAGGCCAAAUUAAGAACAAAAGUUACAUGCAAAAUAUUGUUUGGGGUGGCAAACAAGGUGCAUUAUGGGAAAUGAUCAAGUGGUGAAUACUAGCUUGAUCCUCAGUUGAUCACUAGCAGCAAUAGACCACCAUUGAGAAAAAAUACUAGCAAGAUAUCUUUAACAAGAUGCCUUUGUAAAUCUGUAGCAUAGGCCACUUGCACGUUUCCCAUAAAUGCACUUUAUUUGCCCCCUCAAAGUAUUGCAUAACCUUUGUUUUUCAUUUCUCCCGGGUAUUACAGCCGUCCCAAGGGAAAUUGAAAACAACCCUUAUGUAAAAUUUUGGGGGGCAAACAAGGUGAAUUAUGGGAGAUGUGCAAGUGGCGUAUGACGUUCCUAGUUAUUGAAUUUAGGUCUUGUCAUUUGCACAUACAGUAUCAUGCUUUAAGGUGCAGGAUUGCAGGAAAACACCUUAUACUCAUGAAUGUGUAUUUGAAGACUUUGAUAUUUGUUUUAUAGUCCUUGAAUGGUUGGUCUAACCAGGAUUUUUGGUAGUAUCCAGGAUUUCCAUGGUGGAACCUCCUGAUCUUCAGACUAAAACUCUGAACUGAUGAAGAAGUAAAAGUGUUGCUUGCACUAUGACACAAGGGACAGGGGCUGAGAGGGAGAGAAGCAGGGGUGUUUAACCACUUGUGUCGAAGUAGAAGUAUAAUUGUUGGUCUAAGAGAGUGGUUGUUCUAUUGACAAAAUACAUGAAGAGGUUACAAGCACAUGUGAACCUUUUUAAUUUGUAACAUCUAAUUAAGAUACAACUCAAAUUUAUUAUAGAUUCGUCUGUGGAGUUUACCAAGCCGUGAAUGUCUCAGAACCCUAACAGCACAUUCUGGGUUUGUUCGUGGAUUAUGUGUGAAUUCUUUAGGAGACACAUUCAUCUCUGUAAGUGUUGAUUUUUUUUACAAAUGCAACUACCACAAACUGCACAACAAUUCCCAUAAGACAAUAUUUUUAUCUCUGUUUUCCUUCAUUUUUUCUUAAAAACAAAUAAUUUAUUACAAACAUACAAGAUUAAAAACUACAAAUCAAUUCUUUGAUUAUUUGUAACUAUAAAAAUUCAAUAAAUUGUUGGUCAUGGGCAAAAAGACAGCAGCAAUUGCUGGAUACGUGAACAUACAUUAUUGUACAUUGUAUAUGCUUGAUUUAUGCUAAUUUUCUUCUAUCCUGGAAGGCAAGUUGCUCUUUAAUUCAAAGUGGUGCUUUUUUAAGUACCAUAAUUUUUGAAUUGAAGUAAGAAUUUAACGGGUCUGUUACAGUAUUUAUGAAACAAAUAGAAAAGAUCUCUAGUUAUCAUUUUGAGCUAUCACUGCCUUCAUGCAUUAUGCGUGUUUUCUCGACUUUUGUAUUUACAGUAUAUCUGAUAAAUCUGCACUCAAGUGCUCAAGAAUCAGCUUUUUAAAAACUAAAAAGGCUCUUUUUUGAAAACUUGUAACUACGGUAGAAUCCUUAUUAUUGGAACAACCUUGGGAAAAGCAGAUGGUUUCGAAUUAUCAGGAGGUUUGAAAAAUGGAGAGUAAUAUUACAGUGUUUGACUGGUGAAGUGAUGUUAGAUUUGUUUCAAAUAAUUUGGAAUUUUGAAAAACUGAGGUUUCGAGAAAUCAGGAUUCUAUUGUAGUCUAGCUUGAUAUUUUUUUUAUAAAUUGAGCCUACAUGGAAACAACAUCUAGCUAAGAGUGCUCAACAAGAUUUCUAGCUUCUUUCAGAAGUGCAUGUAGCAACUUUAUAGGACAGGAGUCCAUGAGGGGCUUGAAGAGCACCUGCCACCUGUUGAAAGGAGGAUCCAAACUGGACUCACAUACUCAUGUACUCAUUCCUAAACCUUGCAUCUAGAUUGGAGAUGACAAAGUUAUAAAGCAGUGGAGCAUGGAGCAGAGUUUGAGUGCCACUGCAUCAUCACCAGAUCCAGUAAAUACAAUCAUAGGCAAGGUACGAUGAUCCCUGUCCAGUAGAGCUGUAGCCUGUUGCCAGGCUCUCCGUCAGUGUGGACAAGCAAAAAAAUCUAGCAAGUAGUGAAAUAGCUAAUGAACGAAAAAAACAGCUUGAAACAAGGAGGGGAGAGCCUGUAAUACCUCAAUCCACCCCUCUACCCUGCCCUCUUCCUGAAAAGUAUUUUUAGUGUCAAAUGUUAAAUGUCAAAAUAUCCAAAGGUGCAGUGUAGCGUUUCACAUACUUGACAAGUUUGUUAGACUCUGCGUAAGCAAUUGUACAUGACCAAUUAUAUACCUGAAUGAGGUGUUGAACAAUUUUUACAGGCUCCACUACUCCAUGUUUCCCUAACCCCUAUGCGGUUUUCAGGUAACUUUUCCUGUUCCGCUUUCCUCACUUUCUUGGAACCUGGAACAGGCUAGUAAAGGUGGUGAAUAUUGAGAUUUCCUGACUUUAACGGGGUAACACGUUGAUUACUUGUAAUGCAGUAGUUUAUGUGCAUUACUCAAUCACUUUCUUUGACUUGCUUUAAGAUGGACGGGACAGCCAUCUUAAAUCUUUCAAGUUGAUGGGUCCUCAUCAGUGGCAGAUCCAGGGGAGGGGCCUGGGGGACCUGGGCUCCCCUAUUCUCCGGGUCUGGAUGACCACCCCCCCCCCCCCCCCCCCCCUCUUUAGGGGGGGGGGUUUUCCCCCCCCCUUUCUUCUCAAACGGGGGGGGGUGUUGUCCCACACCCCCACUUUUUGUAUCACCAACAUUUUUGUUGUCAAAGUAUUUUUUUUUUUUUUUUUAACGUAUUUACAACUAUUUUUUUUUUUUUUUUUUAUAAUAUUUUUUUUUUUUUUNGACACCAUCCAUAGUGUCAAGUUUAACCCCAUAGAGGUAAAAACUAAAAUAGCCAAUCCCAUUUGGUGGCUUAGCUCCUGGAUAGAGGAGGAUGUUUGUCAAAAUUCGUUAAAUCUGUUCUCUGAUAGUAUGAUUGGAUUUUCAAGGCUAUGCUGGGUGUUCGUCUGCUCUGGACCUGUGAAAUCCAGGGUCAGGGGCACCCAACGUCAAUUUUCGGUAAAUAUCUGUUCGGAAGACGACUUGAGAUCUAGAAUUUUCGGAACAUUUGUAGUAAAAUUUCUUGCUUGCCUUCCUCUCCUAGGAUUUUCGAACAUCUAAGAAAUGGUAUAAUUGCCCAUUUUUACGGAUUUUUACUCUAAAAAGGUCACCUAAAAUUUGCGGGAGCCUUUUAUCUGGCUGAAAUAUUCGAAAAGGUAAGUUUUGAUCCCUAUUACUUUCGGAUCACUAGACUUUCAGCUAGGAAAUCCGAACAGAUGAAAAAUUUUUAGGGGAUAAAAAUAUGCCUAUAUCUACCGUUUAAAUACUAAAAUACGUUUAACAAUGCUAUGUUUAAGUGGUUUUGAACUAUAUUCUCGUUGGGUGCCCCAGCAGGGUGUCCAGCAUUGCUGUUGAUUUCUAUGAAAACAACUAAGAUUUAAUUUUUCUAGUUGUCGGGGAGCAUGAGUUAGGCGCCAGGGGCCACUGGGUGCCGCUAGAGCCCAGCCUUGAAUUAGAUUUGCCACGCACAAAUUUAUGUUAAGGAGCAAUGGGCAAAACAAUAUGCGCAAUAAUUUCGCUCGGACGUCGUGGAGAAGCGAACGCCUUGAUCAUCAUUGAUUUAGGGGUAUUCUGACAAAGCUAGCAACGUGGUAUUUGAGAACCGUUCCCAUUUAUUUUCUCCAGACCCAUUUGCUUGCCAGCACGGCUUCCGAUCGCAGCAUUAUCCUUUAUGAUAUGCGCGGUUCGACCCCUCUCCGUAAGGUUGUCAUGGAGAUGAGGAGCAACACAGUGGCGUGGAAUCCACUUGAGUCGUUCAUCUUCACAGCAGCCAAUGAGGAUUCGAAUCUCUACACGUUUGACAUUCGUCGUUUUAACCAACCAAUCAACGUGCACAUGGGUCAUGUUUCAGCUGUACUGGACGUGGACUAUUCCCCCACGGGUCAGGAAUUUGUGACUGGAAGUUUUGAUAAAACGAUCAGGAUUUACGGUCGCGACAGUGGAAGAAGCAGGUAA